UCUCAACACUUGUAUCACAGAUCAGGAUAAGGUAUUGUUCCACGUCAAGGAGUGACACAGAAAGACUCCAACCCCCGCCAUGUCGCCGCCCUCCUUGCUGCCUGCCGUAAUGGGAACAUGGCCGAGGUGAAGCGUAUCCUGGAUCUCGGUCAGGUGGACAUCAACUGUAGGGGAGAGUGGAGCCAGACACCGGUGAUGGAGGCAGCAGAGCGGGGACACAGAGAGGUGGUGGAGCUGCUACUGAGUAGAGGGGCUGAUGUGUCACUGGUGGACGUGGUCGGUUACAACACCCUUUACUUGGCCUGUAGUGGAGGAGACGUGGGGACGGUGGAGGUGAUUCUGUCCCAGGACGGGGUGGACGUAAACGCCAGGAACAACGACGGGAAGACAGCGGCCGACGUGGCGAGAGACCGGGGACAUCAUCAACUGGUGGAUCUCCUGGAGUCACGUGCUGCUCGGUGAUGUCGUGUGGUGUAGACAGUGAUGGUGCUCUUACUGACACUGACGUGGUGCGUGCCGUUCACGUCGUCGUGUUUACAUUGUGGAACCAAGGUUAGAAUUAUUGUUGAGUUAGAGGAGAAAUAAAACUUGUUGAAAACAU